UAGGAGCAGCUGAAUAUCCCCCUCGCUCAGUCGGCCAUUCUUCCCUCGCUUCGUUUCCGUUUUCGAUUCUCAUUCGCGAUUUCAGAGUUUUCUAGGGUUUCUUAUUUUCUGAGAUUUUCUGAAGAUUCUGCAGAGAAUUCUCGGUGAGAAAGAGACAAUGCUUGUGAUUCGAUCUCUUCGUUCUCGGCCACGGCUGCUGUGGAUCUUGCAUUCGUCUUCGUUUUCUUCUUCAGCUGCUGCCGUUGAAGCGGAGCGGACGAUUCUGGAAGGUCCGAGGCACGAUUGGAGCAGAAAUGAGAUUAAAUCGAUCUACGAAUCUCCCGUUCUCGAUCUCCUCUUUCAUGGAGCUCAAGUCCAUCGGCAUGUUCAUAAAUUUAGGGAAGUACAGCAGUGUACACUUCUAUCCAUUAAGACAGGUGGAUGUAGUGAAGAUUGUUCAUACUGCCCACAGUCCUCCAGGCAUAACACUGGAUUGAAAGCCCAAAAGCUCAUGAACAAGGAUGAUGUUCUGCAGGCAGCAUCGAAGGCAAAAGAGGCUGGUAGUACACGUUUUUGCAUGGGUGCUGCAUGGAGAGAUACAGUGGGCAGGAAGACCAACUUCAACCAGAUCCUUGAAUAUGUUAAGGAAAUAAGGGCUAUGGGCAUGGAGGUGUGCUGCACAUUGGGUAUGCUAGAGAAGCAACAAGCUGUGGAACUUAAAAAGGCGGGGCUGACAGCAUACAAUCAUAAUCUUGAUACCUCAAGAGAAUAUUAUCCAAAUAUCAUAACCACGAGAUCUUAUGAUGAACGGCUGGAAACUCUUCAAUUUGUUCGUGAAGCAGGAAUUAGCGUGUGCUCAGGAGGAAUUAUUGGGCUUGGAGAAGCAGAAGAGGACCGCAUCGGGUUGUUGCAUACGUUGGCGACACUUCCAACACACCCAGAGAGUGUUCCUAUCAAUGCAUUGGUUGCCGUCAAAGGGACGCCUCUUCAAGAUCAAAAGCCGGUUGAGAUAUGGGAAAUGAUUAGGAUGAUUGCAACUGCCCGUAUUGUGAUGCCGAAAGCGAUGGUCAGGCUGUCUGCUGGGAGGGUUCGGUUUUCCAUGCCUGAGCAGGCGAUGUGCUUUUUGGCCGGCGCCAACUCCAUCUUUACAGGAGAGAAGCUGUUGACGACCCCCAAUAAUGAUUUCGAUGUUGAUCAACAGAUGUUUAAGGUGCUUGGUCUGACUCCAAAAGCUCCAAGUUUUUCCUCUGAAGCAGUAGAUUUGGAGAUGGAAAGAUGCGAAGCAGCCUCUAGUUCGGGUUGAUUGAUUCAACCAGUGUGUGUUUUAAGUAGGAUGGCCCUUUUAUUGUUGUUUUGGAUGGUAAGUUAUUUUUAGCUUAUAUUCUUUGGAGGAUCCAUGCAUGUUAGUGUCCCACUUUUAUUGCGGCCGAAAGUCUUAAGAAGAGAGAUGGUCUUGACUGACGCUAUCUUUGGCUCUUCGCUGCAACACCCAUGGAUAUCUGUGCUGUCAUCCAUUGAUUUGCAUAGUUUGGUCCGCAUGAUGAGCGCAACGAUUUGAUUUUUGGCUAGGUCACUUUCUACUGUGGGUCCCACAAAUUGGAUGGAUUAAUUUCACUUGUAUACCAAGUUUACAAUUUGAAGCA